CCGAGCAUGCGAGACACCUGUCAGUUUUUGGUCGUGUGAUAUGCACAAGGUGUGACUUCAGCGUGUGUUUUAAUUAAAAUUGAUGUAAUAAAUAAAAAUAGCCGUAUGGUGAAGAAAUCAUAAACUAUCUGUGAUUGUUUGAAUGGAUCCUUCGAUAUCUUGGUUGCAACCGGAGCAAGAGGGUCCUGCCAAACAUUUGUGGCUUCGAAUUUGGCAAACACAACAGGAGCUGGACAGCAUGAACUUGAAAGACGUCGACAGCGACCCGGAGUUCUUCCCCAACGGCCUCUCCAACCACAUCAUGAACGGCAAGACGGACAAGAGCGGCUCCACUUUCGUUCAGCGGAGACGUAAGGGCGACAAUCGCGCCAGCACCAAGAUGAUGAGCCGCCAUCCGCAGAAGGUGGUGGGCGAGUUCGGGGGCUGUCCGUGGCGCAAGGACCCGCACGUCUACGCCAGAGGCAUCCUGGGUCUGCAUCAGGAAAUCGACCACUUUUACCAGUACAUGAGCCCCACAAGGACCGAACACCUCGUCAGGGAUGACGUCGUCUGUAGGAUCAAACAAAUCAUUCUCUCCAAAUGGCCAGAAGCACAAGUUGAAGUUUUCGGAUCUUACAGGACCGGGCUCUAUCUUCCGACAAGCGACAUAGACUUGGUUGUUAUAGGCAAAUGGUCAAACCUUCCCCUUCGGACGCUGGAACAGGAAUUCCUAGACAACGACGUGGCGCAAGAGAACAGCAUAAAAGUCCUCGACAAAGCGUCAGUGCCGAUCGUGAAAUUAACCGACAAACAGACCGAAAUCAAAGUGGACAUUUCCUUCAAUAUGUCGAACGGUGUAAAAUCGGCCGAACUGAUAAAAACUUACAUACAUCAGUUUCCAGUGUUGCCGAAAUUAGUUUACGUUUUAAAACAGUUCCUUUUAGAAAGAGACUUAAACGAAGUGUUCACCGGUGGUAUAUCUAGUUACAGUUUAAUAUUGAUGUGCAUAAGUUUCCUUCAGUUGCAUCCACGACCGGAAAUGUUUGUCAGAGGCGACGCUAAUUUAGGCGUUUUCCUUAUUGAAUUUUUCGAAUUGUACGGUAGAAAAUUUAAUUAUAUGCAUACCGGAAUUCGGAUACGAGACGGCGGACGGUACAUUAGCAAAGAAGAAAUGCAAAAGGACAUGGUGGACGGACACAGGCCUAGUCUUUUGUGCAUCGAAGAUCCACUCUUGCCAUCCAACGACAUCGGCAGAAGCAGCUACGGCGUCCUGCAGGUGAAACGGGCUUUCGAGUACGCGUACACUGUUUUAACGAAUGCCGUCCUUCCAAUCUCGUCACACAACGUGGAGCACUCGAUAUUAGGUAGAAUAAUAAGAGUAACCGACAAAGUGAUCCAAUACCGGCGAUGGAUCGAAAAAACUUUUGGUCAUAAGUACAACUCUCCGACGAUCCCCCGACCAAGGCCUCCUCGUUCCCUGUCCAGCAGCGGCUCCACAUCGAGCGUUGAGGAAAGUGGGGGCAGUUCAGAAGGGUCCGAUCCUCCUUCGCGCGACAUAUCACCGAACAACAUGCAUGUCCAACGCCACAUCCAGCCAAAGAAUCACAAUCAAUGGAGAAAUAAUCGGAAAUAUAAGAAUAGCCCUCACAAUAAUUAUAACCAGUCGACCACAACAAAGCGUAAAAAACAAACCAAACAAUACUGACUUUUUAAUUUUUAUUUAUUAGGUUAAAACGCAGCAGGUACGCAUGUUUAUAUGCCUGGUAUUCUGCAGUUGCAAUUGCUGAUAAUGACAAAAAAAAUACAUAAUAGCCGCCAAAAGCCAAAAAAAGAUAAAAGUAAUCGAUAAGGAAAAUGUAACAAAAAACCGGUUCUUUUUGUUUUAUUGUAUAGGAUUGUAGUCUUGAAAUUUCUGUGUUAGUAGGAAGCCAUCUCAUAUUGCUAGCGUUCCAUAAUUGUUGCAGUCUGGAGAGAUUACAUUAAAAUUCUACGUGUGUUCGCCAGUGUUAUGUUUUAUUUGCAUUUACAGUUACAACUGGGAGUAUUGAUGGCAUAUGAUGGAUUAUUAUCUAUACGCAACAAUUUUAUUUCCGGGCUUUUAUUUUUACCGUCUGUUUUUUAUGCAAUACGUUGUGGUGCAAUAUUUUUAUCUGAUAAUUUUAUUACAUAUCGAGGAUAUAUCAAGUCAAGAUUUUACUUCCAUGGAAAUUUUUAGAGGAAAUAGUCGCAUUAUUAAUUUCAUUCUCAUUUCGAGUGUGUGAUUGUAAUUGUAAAGGAAAUUGAAUUGUAAAAUAUUGUGAUAUAAUAGAUUAAGUGACGUGGACAUGAAUCAGGACAGUGCAACCUGUGACUAUUUUAUUUUAUUUGUUUUAUUGGGGGCUGAAACUCGUCAAUUUCAUCGUUUGCGUUCAAUCUGGUGAUCAUGUGAAUGAAAAUUCUUUUUUGUUCCAAUUGUAAAUAUAUUAAUUUUGUGUUUAAUGCAAAAACGCGAUAUCUGGCCGUUUUAGGUCUAGUGUAUGUUUUUUUUUCGAACGAAUUUUGUUUUUGUUGGGUUCUCUUUCAAAAAUUCACUUUGGAGAUUUAAACGAUUUGUUAAAUUUUGACAUUUUUAUGUGAAGUUGUUACUAGUUAGGUUAAGUAUUUAUAUUAGCGUAUAGUUUUAAGAGAAAGUUAUCGAUUUAUGUAAAACUAUUAAAAAUGUUUUCGAUUUUUAAUAGGCAUAGACUUAAGUCAGUUUAAGUACAAAAAGAAAAUGUAAAAAAAAGAUGUUCAUUACAAAAACCAAAAAAAAAUUUUGUUACAUUGUACGCGCCAAGAUUUUUGUAAACAUAUAUAUUUAUUGAAAAUAACGGUUGAAAUAUAUUUUAUAUCUUGUGCGCAA